AUGAACGUGCACGGAAUGGAAAGUAAUAACAAUAUUGUGGCGCUGUUUGUUAUGAAAACAUACCAAAUGGUGAAUGAUCCCACAACGAAUGAGCUAAUUACAUGGGGAAAGGCUAAUAAUAGUUUUGUUGUUGUGGAGCCUUUGAGUUUUUCGCAGAGGAUUUUGCCUGCUUUCUUCAAGCACAACAAUUUCUCAAGCUUUGUUCGUCAGCUCAAUACUUAUGGUUUUAAAAAGGUUGAUCCUGAUAGGUGGGAGUUUGCAAAUGAAUGGUUUCUACGAGGACAAACUCAUUUGUUGAAGAACAUAGUGAGAAGGAAGCAUAGUACUAAAACCUUUGGUUCCCAUCAAAAACACGAAGAUGAUGAAGAUGAAGAGCUAUUGAUGGAGAUUUCCAAGUUGAAACAAGAACAGAAGGGUUUGGAACGAGAGCUCGAAAGUAUGAACAGAAGGCUUGAGGCAACGGAGAGGAGACCACAACAGUUGAUGGCUUUCCUAAACAAACUUGUUGAAGAUCCUGACAUCUUAACUCACGUGAUGCUCAAAAAAGAGAAAACGAAAAGGUUGACUUUAGGUAAAAACGAGAAGAAGAGAAGGCUGGUGAUAUCUUCAGCAUCUUCAAAUUCUUCAUCGGGAAUGGCCAUGUCAAGUUCAUCAAUCAAGAGUGAAGACGAUCAAGAAGUUGCUCCCCUGAGGGAUGUAUCCCCGAUUUCUUCACCAGACGAGAAUUUGGAAGUCGAUGUAUUUUAUCAAUCUUCGCCACUACUAGAGGCCGCUUUCCCCAAGGGGUUGAACCAAAGACGAGGCAUAGAUAUGCCUACAAUUGGGCAAGACCCUUACAAUUGUACCACCAUUUCUGGUUCUUCACUGUGUUCCUCCAGCCAAAAUGGCGGUUUUGAGGUUGAGCCGCAACCAAUAAAUAGCUUAGCCAGGUAUAAUAAUGCUGGUGGCAUGAAUUCAGUUUAUUAUGGACUUGUUGAUGGGGAGAAUUCUAGUCCACCACAGUAUCCAUUCUCACUGUUAGGUGGUGGAUUUUAG